AUGGCGAAUUUGGAGCCAUUUUUGACGUUUUGUUCUUUGAACGGAACUUCCAAGGUGGACAUUUCCGAUCCCAAUCCAGGGAGCGAUUUAUCCGGAAAUAUCGACGACGACCCUAACCUUCUCCAAACGAGUUCCUCUGACAUUCACAAUCAACAAGCCACGAUCAAAUUGAAAGGGGCCGAACAAUUGUCAGUGUUGAAUUCUAAUUUUGGUUCCAAAUUGAACGAAGUAGGAGAUGGUGACAAAAUUGAGCUGAAAAAUAUUUCCACUGCUGCUGACACUUUGAGUUUGGUCAGCAGUCUAAAUAACGUUGAUGACAUUGACCAACAGCCCACGCUAACUACACUAAAUAAUGCAAUUUUAACAAACGUGCCUUCAGAAAAUUUCAUGCAGCAGCAACAGCAGCUGGAAGAUGAUGAGAUUAACAAAGUAGACAUUGGUAGCUGCAACUUGUCACCAACAAUUAUAACGUCACCAAUACAACAAAAUAAUGACUGUACAAAGAUGGCGAUACCAAUCCCUAUCAAUGUCAAUCAGUCACCAUUAUUUGCAUCCACAAAUCAAAUUCAGUUGGCCAUCACUGGGACGUCUGAUCAGUUUGGCUCAGCACCUUUAGGUUCUAGUCAGAAUCCAAUUAGAAUAAUUCAACAGGGGAAUCAGUUUGUUCCUUUGCAAAACUUGACCCAAGAACAACUUGCUCAGGUAGUUCAGAUUGUUCAACAACAACAGCAGCAGCAACAACAGUGCAACAACAUUCAGACAAAUUCAACCAUACAAGGACAGAACAAAGUCACGUAUAAAAUUGUGUAUCCAAAUCAAGGCAUUAACAAUAAUGUAUCUAAUCAUAGCAUCAUCAACAACAACAAUAACCAAGGAACAAUAAAAGUCAAAAAAUCAUCUGAAACUAUCGCAAAUGUACUUUCAAAUCGGUUCUUAAUGUCAGGUAGUAACAGCAGUAGCCACCUCUCUCACCAUCCUAAAAAAAAAGCCAUCAGCACAGAGGCUGCAGAUGCUCUGAUGAGGUUAAACAAAGAGCAGAAGAAAAAACACCGGCCUAGAACUAGGUCGGGCCGUGUGUCAAAACCUCCCCAAUAUAUGGUGAAAGAUUACAAACACAUUCACCCCGUUGAUUAUGACGAGGAUUACGACGACUCAGAUGGCGGUUAUUCUGAUUUUAAACUGAGCAGCGGGGAAGAGAAUGAUGAGAGAAAGAAGGAGUGCAAGAAGUCUUCAUAUUACAAGGAUUCUCAUUUGUCAUUAUUGUCAUCGAAAUCGAAAAGAUUUAAAUGUGAUUACUGCGAGAAGUCAUACAUUGGCAAGGGUGGCCUCAACAGGCACUACAAGCUGAACCCGACUCACGGAAAGCCCGAUGACGAUGGCCCGCUAGACAUGGGCGACUCGUACUACAGCAGUGAUAGCUUACAGAGUGGCGUUGGCAUGGCUAACACCAGCGACUCCAUCACAAACUUUCCGUCAUCAUUCGAACAUCACCACCAAAAAUCAUCAUCGAAAGAUACAAACCAAAACAACAACAACGAUGAUGAUGUCACGCUUUCUCUUGAAGUUGACACGAAUGCUGGCGACUACAAACAGCAUGGUGUCGAUGGGUACCCUGAAGGGUCGUCUAGGAAAGGUCGGAGAGGUCGAAUGUCGAAUUUAGGGGGUGGGACUGGAUUGGGGGGUUCAAAUGGUUUGAGUUCUGCUGAGAAGAAAAAGUUACGACUCAUUGAGGUGGCCAAACUAUGUACAGAUGAAGACAUCUUGGAUUUAUUCAUCCAGAGAUGUUCCUCCACCAUCUCCCUCUGGAAAAUUUUGAUGUCAAAAACGACGAAACUCUAUGACUCGAGUAUUGACAGUUUGAUAUCAGAAGUUAGCAACCUCAAUGAGCAAGUUAGCACGUACUUGAAUGAAAAGCUGGUGCCAUUUUGUGAGGAGGAAGACGUGGAAGAUGAUGAGGAUGAGGAGCAAGAAGAGGGGAGAGAUGGUGAUGAGAUGAGAGAGAGUAGGAGGAUUGUUCAUAGUCAUGGAACGAAAAAUGUUUUUGAAAUGGUGGAUGAAAAAAUGGCCGCCUGCCUGAACGUUCCGAUAGGAAAGUACAUAGUGAAAGUGGAUGAGUUUUUUGAGGGCUCUGUGCAAGCAGAAGAACCAAUCAACUACCAGGACGAGCAGCACAGCAGCGACAACAACAACAUGGAAUCAUGUGCAACAACAAUAUCUUCCUCCAGUUCAUCCCUAUCUACGACGACAAAGUUUCGUUUUGCCGCAAGCGACGAUAACAACGACAAUAAUGCAUCGACUCGUAAGGAAAGUGUUUAUCGUUCGAAAAAAUCUAGAGCCCGAGAUUCCGACAUUCCAAUAUCACUGCCACUUAGAAAGAGGUUGAAAUUAUCAGAGCUGAGCCAAGAUGGCGAUGAGUACUUACUGAGUAGUGUCAAAAAUCAGAGAAAAAUUGUCAGAUUUGAUAACGAUGAUGAGGAGGAGGAGGGGGAAGAGGAUGAAGAUGAGAGUGGUGAUGGUAGAAAUAUUGCAGUGGCAUCUUCGUCAUUGUUGACGGAGCCUACUGAUGCUGCCAACAUUAAUGCUUCUGAUGACAAUAACGGCGACUCUGUUGCUGUCACUGAUGACGCUAACAAAGCAUUAGUAGCUGAUAACAACUAUGAUGAUGUCACUAAUGAUGGCUCUGAAUUUAUGGUAAGAAAAGAAGAAACCACUCCUACUAAAUUCAUCAACAUACAGCCAAUGAAUGAUCCCUCAUAUGGCAUUGGUGAUGGCUUGGAUGUAAAAAAUGAAAACGACAGUGUUCUUAUGUCAGCCCUAAAUUCUGAAUUAUCAUCAAUCUCGUCAGCAGAUUUGACUACAGCUACUGCAGCUGCAACAACAGCUACAGCAGCUGUUACCUUAGCCAAUGCAACUGCAAAUGCAGUUAAUGAAGAUGAGGUGACUCAAGGUACAUCAACAACUUCUGCUGCUACUACCUCUAAUGAUACUGCUUUUACUACACAUAAUAGUGAUGAUGUCCUAGCAGCAGUUUCAACUUCCUCUGGUCAGAUUGAUGGGAAACAACUGGCUACUACCACUGAAAAUUAUUCAAGUAUUUUGCAAGGUGAACCAUCAGCAGCAUCUGUAGCGACGACGACAGCAACAACAACCACGUCUCUGAAUGAAAAUCUCACAGGUACUUUCGAUCACAAAAUCGUUACUUCGUUGUUGCAGCAAUUGAACCAGCAACAAUUGCUGCAACAACGUCAACAACUACAACAGCAACAGCAACUACAACAGCAGCAACAACAGCAGCAGGCUCAGCAAGUUCUGACAAGUUGUGAUUACUUUACAAGCGCAAUCUUCCAGGGUGAAUCUUCGUCCAAUGUUGCCAUUAUGAAUAAUAACAACACUCAACUAUUAGCUGUCUCGCCUUUCACGAACGUCUCAGAAAUCCAAAGCCAUUUUCAACAACAGCAGCAACAACAACUGCAGCAACAAAUCCAACAACAAAUUUUACAACAGCAACAACAAAAGCAAUUAGAACAACAACUUUUAAUGCAACAACACUUACAACAGCAACUAUUGCAGCAGCAACAACAACAGCAGCAGCAGCAAAUUUUACAGCAACAACAAUUACAGCAACAACAACAACAACCUCAACAAAUCUGCGUCACUUGCUAUCCACAGCAAGACUACAUACAAUUGCAAGAAAAUGCACAGUACGUGCAGACAGAAGAUGGCAUGGUUGUGGUUAAAAAUGUUGACGGUUCUUACCAAAUUUACGGCACAAUAACCCAAAAUAUAACAAUAGAACUGUUAGAAACCCUUUUUAACGCUAACAACAAUAACGCUAACAUCGCUAACAGUAAUCUCAGUACAAAUAACAGUACACUGAAUAAUCUUGUUAACAAUAUUUAA